CGCCAUGUUUGUGAGAGCAGCUGGCGCUGAUGGACGAGAGAAUCCCCAAACCCCAGGAUUUUUGGCUCCUUAUUUUGGCAGCGCCCGCCUUGGCGCUCAGGCAGUGUCCGGGACGCGGGCGCGUAAAGGGGCUGUGAAAGGCGGCGCUGGUCGUGCCCACCCGGGCUGGACGAGCCUGUGCUGCUGGGUCACUGCCUUUCCCUGCUUUGGGGAGCUGGUGAUGAUCGCGUUAAGGCGCAGCUGGUGGGGCAGACGAUGGUUGCGAUUCGAAAGCUUUUGCUGUAUUGAAUAAGAAGUAGACAUGGGAAAAUCACUUUCUCACCUGCCUAUGCAUACAUGCAAGGAAGAUGGCUAUGAUGGAAGCUCAGUGUCUGAUAACGUGAGGAAUGGUUUAGUUCACUCAGAAGUGCACAAUGAAGACAGCAGAUGUGGAGAUGUGUCACAGUUUCCCUAUGUGGAAUUUACAGGGAGAGACAGUGUCACCUGCCCAACCUGCCAGGGAACAGGAAGAAUUCCACGAGGGCAGGAAAAUCAGCUGGUAGCCUUAAUUCCAUACAGUGAUCAAAGACUGAGGCCAAGAAGAACAAAGCUCUAUGUGACUGCUUCUGUAACUGUGUGUUUACUGCUUUCUGGGCUGGCAGUAUUUUUCCUGUUCCCUCGCUCGAUUGACGUCCAGUACAUUGGUGUGAAGUCAGUGUAUGUCACUUACGAACCGGACAGGCGGAUAAUCUAUCUAAAUAUUACAAACACGCUUAAUAUAACGAAUAACAACUAUUACUCUGUUGAAGUGGCAAAUAUCACAGCCCAGGUUCAGUUUUCAAAAACAGUUAUUGGCAAAGCACGGUUAAACAACAUCACCAACAUUGGUCCACUUGAUAUGAAACAGAUUGAUUAUAUGGUGCCCACAGUCAUACAAGAUGAAAUGAGCUACAUGUAUGACUUCUGUACUUUACCAUCUAUCAAAGUACAUAACAUAGUAGUGAUGAUGCAAGUGACAGUGACCACCUCGUACUUAGGCCACCCUGAGCAAAUUUCCCAGGAGAGAUACCAGUAUGUGGACUGCGGAGGAAACACGACCUACCUGCUGGGCCAGUCAGAGUAUUUAAAUGUCCUUCAGCCUCCACAGUAGAAGCACCUGUUGGCUGGUGUGGAAUGACUGCUGUUGGUGCUUGCAGAGGUCCUUUGGAUAGAGCUGGUGUUACACGGAGAGGAGAGUACAUGCCAUGUACAGCAUAGCAAACAUGGAGAUCUGUACACUUUAGAUGCAAGGAGGGAAAGGUGCAAAUUGUAAAUAGGUGCACUUGUUAAAUGUUGUGUUUUCCCCUUCUGUUUGCUUUCUGUUACUGUAAGCACUUCUGUCAAGUUGUGUGGUGGGGGGGAGAGGGGGAAUAUCAGAUUCUUGAACAGAACUGGGACUUUUCCUUACAGUGUGGUACAUCAACUUAGAGUAACUGUGUGUAUGUCUGUGUUUAGGUGAAAUGUGUCACUAAUGAGCAUUUUUAAAAAAUAAUACUCAUAAAUUUAUAAGUUUAUACUUCAGUUCUUGGUAUUUGACUAUUGAAAACGCAGUGUUACUACUUAAAUAACAAGAUUACUUUGAGGUGUCUGGGUAUGAAAUUUCUAUUAGUAACCCAGUGGCAAUAGUUCUUUAUUUUGGGAUUCUACACUUUAUUUGCUAUCCAUGAUUAGAGGUGACAUGCAGUCUAUGAAAGCCAGGAAAGCUCCCUUGGAUGACACUGUAGUUGAAUGUGCAGGUUCUAGAAUCUGGCAUCUUUUAAUUCAUAUUCCCUCUUGCUACCUCUGAGAUGUUAUAAGGAGAAUAUAUACUGUUAGAUUUAAAGAUGGAUUUAAAACUAAACAAGAAACAACCCCCACAACAAUUACUGACAAAGAUAAAAUACAAUACUCUAGAAAAUGAACAAGACUUUAUCAGUCUGUUUUUAGUAAGCUUUCUGGAACAGGUAUUAAAAUCAAGAUUGUGCAGUUGGAACUAGGUGGGAAACUUUGAUCAUGGGUUUGGAGAGCUUGGUGUAAAUUUUUGUGAUUUUUUUACUGUUUUAAUGUAUUAUGUACCUAAGAAACUUUUAAGUGUUAAUACAUAGGGUUGUGUUUAUUUCUUGCUUAUUUCUUGUUUAUUUCUUUGCUUUUUUCAGUAAGCAAAUGCAGUAGUUAUCUGUACCUUCAGAGCACUCAAAGGUCAUAUCAAAAUUAUGUAAGGGAAGAUGAAGCAAUUCUUUCUGUAGGAGUAAAUGCUGAUGUAAUUGUGAGAUUACUGACUGACAGCACAAAAUAGUUUCUGUAGCACAGUUUGCACAUGCGAAUUUCUGGGGUAAUUGUCAAUCAUGAUGAUUUUAAACUUUGGGUCCAAAGUUGCUUGACUUCUGAAGGCUGACUGUUCUGAGGGUUAACUUUUUAAUUAGCUAGGUCGGUAUUGUUUUAUUUCUGUAUUAGGUGAGAUCCAGCUGAUAGAAGGUACUAUUAGGACUGUUGCAUUAUAAUGAAUAAUGGGGUGUUUUUUUAAUAGAUAUUACUGGUUUUGUGCUGCCUAUCUCCUGGAAAUAAGCUACACAAAAUGCAUUGGCAAUAAACACAAUAGAAAAAGGCUUCUGAGUAACUUGCCACUAACAAUCUCUGAUGCUCCAGUACUUAGUGAAGAUACAUGUCUACAUUAUUCUUUUCUUUGCUGGCCUCUCUUAAAUGGACCUAAGGGGAUGGGUGGGGGAAAAAAGUGUGGGUGAUGUAAGAUUGAUUUAAAAGGUGUUAAGUAACCAUAAUAAACACCCCACCCUCCUCUAUUUGAAUUGCUAUGAGCACUUACUCUAAGAGUCUAUGAAAACUUCUGGAACUUCACCUGUCAAUUUCAUAGAAGUGUUGAUAAGAUGAAGACUCCAUCUUUUGCCUUUAGAGAACGUCUGUAACUGGAGUAGUCAAUUGAGAUGAUUUACUGUGAUUAUGUUCUGAAGAUUAUUCUUGAUUUUGGGCCCUUAAAAGUAAGCAUCCUUUAUUACAGCUCAGAGUCACGGGGGAAGCUAGUUCACGACUGACUCACCUUCCUGGAGUUUAGAUGAGGUUGAAUCCCAUAGCUGCUAAAGUGCAUUCAUAAGCUUUACUGAUAACCUGAGAAGAUACAGGUGAUAACUAAAGACCAGGAGAAUGGGGAGCUGACUAGAAGCAGAGAGGUGAACUCAUGAUACCUGUUGUAGAAAGAUAUGCUGGUAAUGGAGAGUAAAGAGAGAGCAUUCUGGUUUAAACCAUAUCAGAACUGAAGUCUGCCAGCAAAUGACACAGGGUCUUUUCUUCUAGGCUUAAAUACUUACACACUAGAGUGUUGUUUUUGUUUUGGGGGUUGUUGUUUAUGGUUUUUUGAAAUAGAAGAAGGCGGCAGCUGUAGGCAGAUAGUUAUAUUGAUUUAAAACAAAUUUUUCUUCCAUGGAUGAAAAGUAAUCUAAAAUAACUGGAAUGGCACAAUGAUCAAAUUAUUUGGUGACAGUAGUGAAUCCUGCUUUUGAGCAAGCAUGGCAGGGGGAGAAGUUGCACUUUAUGCAACAUUGAGACUCAGACUGGCUUUUGAAAUUUUGGUGGACAUGCUGAGCAAAACCAGUGCUUAAAUCUGUGGUUCUUAACCUUGCAUGAAGUGCUUGGAAUUCACCGAUUUAAAUUAAAGAAUUGUGUGGAGUUAUUCUUUCCAUGUAUGUGUCAGAAGGGAGAAGAUAAAACUCCGUUUUUUUCAUCUAGAAUAUCUGAAUAUCAAUUUGUGAUAGAAUUACUGAAUGAUGAAGAGUUCUCAUUGUAAAAAACAAACUGUGGGUUAAAGAUCCUACUGAAUUUUCAAAUCAAGUCAGUAACGGGAGAAUAAAAGGCUUAAGGUUCCAAGUGCUAGUAUUCCCUUGCACAACUGUCAGCAUAUUACUAACCAAAUAAGGCAAGUAUUUCAAUUUAUGUACUGCUUUUAAUAUAACAUCAGAUAAGCAGGUAAACAUCUGUGUGAACAUUUAGCUUGUACUUGCUUUAUGUGACCAAGCUUGGAAACAUGCUAAGGGAGCAAGGGAACUCACUAUUGACUUGUAUAACUUUGUAAACAAGGUAUCAGUAUACAUCCAAGUGCCAGACCCUUCAUUUUUCACAUUCAUUUUAUCUUGAUCUUAAAAUAAAAAAGGCAAGCCUUUCAGUUCAGUUGUAAAUCAAUAAAUGCAAUUCUCUCCAGAGACUCGGCUUGAAAAAUUACAAUUUUUUUUCCUGGUUUGUUUUACAUGUGUCUUCUGAAGUGUUUCGUAUUUCACUUGUGACUUCCUCUAGUCUUCAAACACUAUCAAAUACAUUUCUAUGGUAAUGCAGUGUGUUUAUUUCUAGUAGAAUUCUUUUUACUUGAAUAGUCUGUAGCAAUUCCUUUACCAACCUUUACCUGUUGCACUUUAAAAUGGAAGCUCUGUUAGUUAUUUCUUAAAACAGUAAGAAAUACAGUCCAGAUGUUGCACUGUAGUGGCACUGUUAAAAAUAAGCUUAAUGUAUUCUGUUUAAAAUAACUGUAAAAUUUCAAAAUUUUAACCUAAGUAAACAUGGAACACUUAAAUGCAUAAGAAUAUUGACUAUUUGGCUUUUGGAGAACAAAGUUAUUGUACAUUCCCAAUACAUUGCAUUAAAAAAAAAA